AUUAUUACCACUGACCCUUCAAUGCUGAAAAACAGGACGUCGUAUGCUGAACAUCAUUGUUGGCUGUAAGGAUCAUCAACCUGACAGAAAAGUAUGGCAGGUGCUGUAAAGGUUUUGCUCAUGUGCUGUCUAUUUCAAGGUAUCUUGUGCCAACAAUGGGCAGCCUUCAUGCCUCAGACAGUCGAGGGACUUAGUGGAUCCUGUGUGAUGAUCCCCUGCACUUUCACCUUGUUCUCAGGCUGGGAUCGACACCUGGAUGAUUCGUGUAGAGCUAUUUGGAAGAGAGGUUGGAGACGAACGCGGGUGUUUGAUUCCAGCCUCACUGGAGAACUCGCAAGCUCUAAUAUCCUGCAAGGAAACCUAACUGGGAUCUUGCGUGAGAAGGACUGCACCACCAUCUUCAACAACCUGUCACCGGACGAUGAUGAGAGCUAUUACUUCAGACUGCAGUGUGACAACAAUCUGAAGUUCACCUUCAGAACGAGUGUUGCUAUCACCACUCAAAAUUCACUGCCCAAACCCACCAUAACUCCAUCCAGGCUGGAGGUAGAAGAAGGCACUCCAGUGAAGUUGAACUGCACGGCUGUAGCUCCCUGUCCUGUUCUUCCACCAGUUCUGACUUGGACCCCCAGUAUAGGUGACACUGACGAGAACAUGGAAACUAAAUUUGUGACCUCUGUGAUGAACUUCACAGCCUCGUACAUCCACAAUGGACAAAAGUUCUCAUGCACCGCUCUCUACAUCCGACAAGCUGGCAACAGAGACCUUCUGUAUGAAAAGAGCUUGACCCUCCGUGUUCUUUAUCCUCCAAAUAACACAUCAGUUAGCGACCCUGGCCCUGUAAGAGAGGGCAGCUCAGUGACUCUGACCUGCAGCGCCAACGCAAAUCCAGCUGUAGACAGCUACACCUGGUACAAAGUGGAUGGAGAUCAGGUGUCAGCAGUAGGUUCGAAGUACAGGCUUUCAACUGCGGUCUCAGAAGUGGACAGCAGAUUUUUCUGCAAAGCCAGUAACGGAUAUGGAACCCAGAACUCAUCCAUCACACAGAUAGAUGUACAAUUUCCUCCCAAGGACACCAGAGUAAUUGUUGACCCUAGUGGUCCGAUACUGGAAGGCAGCUUUGUUUCUCUGCUCUGCGAGAGCCGUGCCAACCCACCUGUGACCAACUACACCUGGUACAAAGAUAACGAGGAGGAGACGGAGCUUGGAUCAAGUCUGGUUAUAAACAAUGUCGACCCGAGUCAUAGUGGUGACUACCACUGUACGGCAAAAAGUGAGCUGGGGGAGGAAAUCUCACCGCAGAUUCAGCUGGACAUUCAGUAUCCCCCUAAGAACACCUCAGUGUCUGCUGACCCCUCUGGUCCAGUGCAGGAUGGCAGCUCUGUAACUCUGACCUGCACAAGUAUCGCCAAUCCAACAGCGAUUAACGUCACCUGGUUCAGAGUGGCUGGAAGAGAGAAAGAAGUGGUGGGCUUUGAGCGAGACUUCACCUUCAAUGUGACCAAACUCUCAGAGAAUCAGUAUUAUUGUGAAGCUCUGAAUGUCCACGGAGCUGAAUACUCAGAGCCUGCCAGCAUUGAUGUCACAUUUGCUCCAGAGAUCUUGCCUUCGUCCCACUGUGUCAAGAUUUUAUCCCUGCUCCGAUGCACCUGUGACAGCCAGGGGAACCCGCCUCCCUCCCUAGUCUGGGAAUUGGCCGGGGAGCCUGUGAAUCACUCUGCUGUCAUCCCAAUCAGGGAAGUUCCCCUGGGAAGCGUGGGCAUGAGGAGUCUCAUCACCCUGUACCAUCUUGAUGAAGACAUGCCCACUCUGGUCUGCCUCAGCUUCAACUCACUGGGCUCUGAUAAUUUUGCAUUCAAUAUAUCUUCCAGUGAAACACAGCUAGACCUCCGUGCUGUUACGAUUGGCUCUGCAGUGGGAGCAGUGGGGAUGGUGCUGGUGUGUGUCCCACUGCUGCUGCUCUUUUGCAGGAAACGGAAAGGCAGCCAUUCACCCGACAAGGGUAUGGUGGACACUUCCGACUGUUUAGUUACUAAUGGGAUGAACUCUUCGAAUGUGGAUGUGAUUUAUACCAAUAAAGCCAUUCUGGAAGAUGAAGGAGUGACAAAUUCUUUAAAACAGGAUGUGAUUUAUAACAAUAAAGCCACUAUGGAGGAGAAAGGAGUGAUCAAUUUGUCCAAAGAAGAUGUGAUUUAUGACAAUAAAGCCAUUGUGGAAGGGGGAGGAGUAGCUGAGGAAGACCUUCUCCAGUAUGCAAAAGUGGACUUUGCUAAACUCCAGGCCAAAUCUCAGGGUAAGCUUGGGGAAGAGGAGAUCAGAGGCCUGGCCUCCAAGACGUCUGAGUAUGCUGAGAUCCGUCUGCAGUCCCGAGGAAGCAACGGGGACGCAACGGAAGAAGAGACAGUUGCUGACACUCAUUUGGGACAAGAGAAAGACACUGAUGGUCUUAUUGUAGACGAAAAGAUUAAGGAUUAAGUAUGGGGGAAA